AUUGGAUUGCAUUAGGACACGAGCUGCCGUUAUCGUUGUUGCAUUUGACUCAGACGAGUGUUCUUGUAUCGACACCAUGGCUCGCUGCGCACCUCUAACGCUGGCUGUCAGCGUGCUGUCCUUGGUGCUGAUCUCGUCCGCGUGUUACAUCCAGAACUGCCCGAGGGGAGGAAAGCGCGAUCUCACCGACAGUGUCCGGCAGUGCCUGCCUUGUGGGCCAGGCGGCCAGGGCCGAUGCUUUGGACCCAGGAUCUGCUGCGGGGAGGCCAUGGGCUGUCGCCUGGGUGGCCCGGACGUGGCCAUCUGCCGCGCCGAGCGACUGAUGCCGUCUCCGUGCGAGAGCCGAGGGGAGCCGUGCGGUCACGGGGGGAAGUGCGGAGCUCCCGGCCUGUGUUGCUCGUCAGAGAGCUGCGCGGAGGAUGCGUCUUGUGGAUGGGAAGGGGGAGACUCCCCCGGGGAGCGCCCAUUCCCGCACUCCGCUCUCCGCCUGCAGUCCCCGGCUGCGGAAGCGAUGCUGGAACUGAUCAACUCCAACAGCCUGCGAGACUGACACGUGUCCACGCGCUGUGCGGCAUGGUUUUAUUUGCAGCGUCUAAACGUGUUAAACAAUACGGAUAGGGUCGCAUUGUCUUAAUGUAAUCACGAGCCCCCGUAAUGCCUGUGCAUACUGUUCUAGUCGGCGUCCCGUUGGUAUAAUGAGUUUUGUAUGUUAUUGGUACGUGCGCUAAUAUUUCCAACCACUACACGUGUAGCCUUGCGACGCGCUGCUGUCAUUAUUAAUCCAUGGGCCAGAGCAAAAACAAAUUGGUACCACCUACAAUAGCAACACUUUAAGUGGUAUCGAUUCAUUUAUACGGCGAAUAAGAAUGGUAUUAUUCGAUAACCCACUUAAUUCAAAUGGUCAGCGCACGAUUUCACUGUCGUUGGCCACAUUAAGACGUUGGAAGAUCGCUAAAGUGAUGCCACAUCAGGUGGUACCUACAAAGUGAAAGUGUCCGGUCUGCGCUCAUGGACCCACAUCUCGUGUUGCGCGCUCCUACGUGCGCGCGUGUGUUCCAUGCUUCUCUGUCUCUUACCCCCCCCGCCCCCAGCCCCCAGCAUUUAUUGACGAUUUUACAGAAACCGAACCUAUUUGUAAACACGUCCGUCAAUGUGCUAAGAACCAGGUGCAUGGUUGCGAUUAAAUAAAUAAUGUGUUUAUUUCACGAUCAAACCGCACACGUCUCUGUGCGUGCAAAGUUCAAGGACGGCUCCUUCAGCGCGGCGCGACGAUCGGAACGCGUGUUUACUAUCGGGACAUCAAAGACGCGAGCCCGGAGAAAUGAUCAUAAUAGAUCAAACAAGACGGGGAAACAAUUAAUCUAGACAACACGACCGCACGUGCAAGGCUAUACCGAGUAACCUUGUCCUCAUUAUGAAUGUGCGGCAGCUGCAAUGGCUUUGUCGAAUACCGCAGUGUAAGACUAAUAAUGGGUAUUAAAAUACACAAUGCAGGAUUCUUACUUCUCUCUAUUAUGAGAUCAAGGACACGUGGCAGUAAUUACAGAAUAUGAUAAUUGCGCCAUUUUAAACGGUUACCCCGAUGUAUUCGCUUUGAAGCAGUUUGCGAACGCUGA